UGGUGUCCUGCAGCUGAGGCGGUAGGAGUCUGCUGUAUGUAUAAAUACCCAGGACACAUAGCAGAGGAGAACAGGCUCGCACAGCCGGUCACCUGUUCUCCUUGCUGUUCUUUUAGUUUAUCUCUCCAGCUCCAAGAUGCCAACUAAACGUAAUUAUAGUACCAAUGAAAAGCUGGGGCACACUUCCUGAUUUAGAACAAACGGGCAAGUAUGUGCAGUGUUGUAGCGGUUGGCUAAUGAUCAUGAUGAUGAUUAUUGUGGGUGACCGGCGUGUUACUUGAAGGCCUGGUUUAGUGCCUCCAGCUGCUGUGUAACCUGAGCCACGGGCAGCGACAGCAGGGUUAAUCAAAGUACUGUGGAGUGCACUGGAGAGGAGUUGGAACAUGACGACCAUACGCAGUUUAUGGAUAUGUUUUGGAGCUGUAACCAUUCUGGGGACUUUAAUGGGUGUAGCACAAUGUAAUGAAGAAUCGAUUCUAAUCAAAAAUCUCUUCAAAAACUAUAACAAGAACAUUCGGCCUGUAGUUCAUCCUGAAGACAAAGUGGAGGUUCAGAUCAAGCUGACACUCACCAACCUCAUAUCUCUGAAUGAAAAGGAGGAGACUCUUAUGACCAAUGUGUGGAUUGAAAUUCAAUGGGUCGAUUAUCGCCUUGCUUGGAAUGCAUCAGACUAUUAUGGCAUUGAAGUUAUUCGUGUGCCAUGCAACACCGUUUGGCUUCCUGACAUAGUCCUGGAAAACAACAUUGAUGGGAAAUUUGAUGUAGCUUACUACGCUAAUGUAUUGAUCAGUAGCAAUGGUGGAAUGUACUGGCUGCCUCCUGCCAUCUAUCGCAGCACCUGUGCUAUCGAGAUCACCUACUUCCCUUUUGACUAUCAAAACUGCACUCUUGCAUUCAGAUCUCAGACCUACAGUGCCAAUGAAGUGGACCUCAUCUUGGCUUUUGGGGAAACAGGGGAGACUAUUGAGUGGGUGGACAUUGACCCUGAGGCUUUUACAGAGAAUGGCGAGUGGGCUAUCGUGCAUCGUCCAGCCAGAAAGAGGAUCAAUACCCGAUAUUCCCCAGAUGACAUUGAGUAUCAGGAGAUCACGUUCAAUCUGGUCAUCCAAAGAAAGCCUCUCUUCUACAUAAUCAACAUUAUUCUGCCCUGCUCCCUCAUCUCCUCACUGGUUGUAUUGGCCUACUUCUUGCCUGCUCAAGCUGGAGGACAAAAGCUGACUGUGUCCAUCUCUGUCUUGCUGGCUCAGACUGUGUUCCUCUUUCUUAUUGCUCAGAAGGUCCCUGAGACUUCCCUCUCUGUCCCUCUCAUUGGCAAGUAUCUGAUCUUUGUCAUGUGUGUCACCACCCUCAUUGCUACAAAUCAAAUUGUGGUGCUGAACUUUUCCCUGCGCAGCCCCAACACUCACACAAUGUCCCACGGCAUCAAACAUCUUUUCUUGGAAAUGGUACCUCGCUUCUUGGGGAUGUCCCCAUUAGUGGAUGACGGUGAGAUGACAGCAGAGGUAAACGGCAUAAAGGAGAGGCGACGCAGCUCCUUCGGCCUCAUGCAGAGAGCAGAGGAGUACGUGCUGAAACAGCCUCGCAGUGAAAUGAUGUUCGACAAACAGAGAGAGAGGCAUGGUCUGACGCGCUCCAUUGUGGACAGUAUAGAUGUAAGCAGCACAGCCAAUCUGUACAAGAGUUUGGCGCAGGCUGCACCAGAAAUAAAGCAAUGUGUGGACGCCUGCAACUUUAUCGCUGAGAGCACAAGACAGCAAAAUGACAUUGGAUCUGAAAUUGAAAGCUGGGUGUUGAUUGGGAAGAUGAUUGACAAGGUGUGUUUUUGGGCUGCCAUUAGCCUCUUCAUCAUCGGCACUGUAUCCAUCUUCCUGACAGGACACUUCAACAGAGCACCAGAUUUUCCGUUUCCUGGAGACAGUAAAAAAUAUGUCCCGAGUUAAAGCAAUAAGGCAAUCGUCCUGUCAAGACAUUUCCAUGGUUCUCUUUGCUUCAUAGUGUCUCAUGUGAGCAUCAAUGAAAACCGACUGCCAUGAUUAGAUCCAGGGUGUCAAGUCAUGUAAAUCUGUGUUCAGAAUCACCACAGCCUUCCACAGUUAGUCACCGUUAGGCAGAAACUUGUUUGCAUCCAAAAAUGCAACGUAGUUUAAAGUUUGUGCAAGUUUGAGCAAGAGGAAUAUGUCAAAUCCACAGAUAGGACUUGUUAUGACAAUCACCUUUUACAUUACAAUAGUCACCAUAAAAAUAUGUUGCAGUUGCAAUAUGUUUAGUUGGUUUUGCGGUAAAUAAAAGUGUUAUGAGUUCAAACAGGCCCAUGAUUCAGGCCUCAUAGAACCACCAUAAAGCAAUUUUUCUAAUCAAAAUUGCUAGUGUGAAAUAUUUAAUUUAAUUUUUACUUUUUUGGCUUAUCCUCCCAUUUAUUACACAGAAUGAUUAAUAACUGAACAUGCUUUUUUAAACUUUUUUAUUGGAGCUCAUUUAUGUUUCAGACUGAAAAACAUCUGCCAAAGACCCAAUACAUCAGUAUGUGUGUAAUAUGUCUUAUGAGAAGAACUUGCAAGUAAUCAGAGCCAGCUAAGUAUUUAAUUGUUUCUCAUUGUGUCAUUUUGUAGAAUUAAAUACUUUGUGUCAACUAUGAUAUUUUGUUCAUUGAUUUUAUUUUUCAGUGGAAUAAAAAAUGAAAUAAAGUUUUUUUCUGCUCAUUUGUUGAAUUUCAGGAUAUGUUUUCUGCAUGGACACUGUAAAUGGACAGAUAUGUGGUUUGAAGCUGCACUACACUAAUGUAGGCAUUUUUUAGACUAAACAUCAUGAAUGGUUGAGUUACUUCUUCCACAUCUGAAUUUAUGCUGCAUUGUGAUCUGUGCAAAAAAGUGUCCUGUGUCCAGGGUAUGAUAGCAGUGGGUAUUGAAAACAAAUGUUCAGUAAAAGAUAGUGGAAUAAAUAAUGCCCAAAUUCCAGACAGCAGUGCUAUUGCCUUCUAAUGCAUCUUGAAUCCAUUUUGAUUACAUCAUAUCCAGCUUCCUGUCUUGGCCUGGGGCUGGAUGUGUUUAAUCAGUGAGAGGUCUGUGGCUGGCAUGCAAAUCCACCAGUUUGCAUGUGCCAUCGUGUACUAUUGACAGGCUACCUUGUCGUCAUCACUUGCAGUGGUACUUCAUCUCGGAAUUACUGUACUGAUUGUGUCACAUAUCCGCAUGAUAACGUGGUGUUAAAAUAUUUUGGUUUUGCGUUAAAUCAAGGCAACUUCCGGUGCGUCAAAUUAUAGACUUUAACAAUAUUUGCAUGUAAUUUUGUUUAAGUAUGUUUUCCUUGUGAUUCAUUUACCUCUCAAAAUAUAUAACCGUUUUGAAAACAUACUAACAUGCAUAAAAGAGCUGGGUUAAACGUUUGCACACUAUGUCCUCAAAAAGUUUCAUUUUGACGUUUGCCGGAAGUCUCGUGAUAUUUUACGUGAUUUCUUUUUUGUAGGCAUCCACGCAGUCUCGCCUGCGGAACGUCAAACUAAAUUCCUGGGCGUGUUUUUUUCACCGCUGACUAGUUGGGUCUUGUUGCCCCCCCCCCCCCCCCCUCCAUGUCCAGAAACCUUUAAUGGUUUCAGCCAAGUGCAGCUUUCCAUGUGUGUUUGUGUGCUUCCUGCACAGCUGCGUAGUCAUCCUAAACAUCCCAACUUUCUGUGGUUUAGGACAUAACCUGUUUUCAAUCAUGGCAACACAAUAAAGCUGUUCCACAUCUCUUACAAUAAAGCUUUAUAAACCA